UCACUAUGAUGACAUAAGAGCAGUGACUAGUUUUUUUCCCCCCUCUACUGUUUUCUAGUUCUGUAUUACAGUGGUUCUGGCAGGCAGAUUGCUCCUGACACUGUUUACAGCACAUGAUACUUGAUUCACUCUCUUUUAAUCUGCACAGGGAAUUAAAGAGCUCAACAUCAGGCAUACAGGGUUACUGUUCAUUGACGUGAUGCAUCUUCAUUACAUCCCAUUAUUUGCGCUGCUGAUUAGUGGCAUCUCAUGUACCUAUGAUUACUAUGAUUAUGGAGGAGGACACUCUUCACCAGAGGGAGAUUACAUUGGAUACUUAUCUUCUGGAUCAACUGCAAACUGCGCCCCAGAGUGUAAUUGUCCAGCAAACUAUCCCUCUGCCAUGUAUUGUGACAACCUAAAAUUAAAGAAAAUUCCAAUCGUUCCCUCUGGGAUACAAUAUUUGUAUUUGCAAAAUAAUAUGAUUGAGGGAAUAGAGGAUGACGCAUUUGCCAAUGUAACAGACCUUAAAUGGCUAAUCCUAGACCAUAAUCAUUUAACCAAUGCUAACAUUAAGAAAAAUGCCUUUGCCAAAUUAAAGGAACUACAAAAGCUUUACAUCAAUUUUAACAACCUUACUGAACUUGUGGGACCCCUUCCAAAAACCAUGGAUGACCUGCGUUUGACAAAUAAUAAAAUUUCAAAGAUUACACCUAACAUUUUGGAAGGUCUGGAAAACUUAACCGUUAUUCAUCUACAACAUAAUGCACUGAAAGAAAAUUCUAUUUCGAGUGCAUUUAAAGGUUUGAAAUCUCUGGUAUACCUUGAUCUGAGUUUUAAUGAGAUGACAAAACUUCCCAUAGGACUUCCACCAAGUCUAAACAUGCUGUAUUUUGACAACAAUAAAAUUACCAAUAUACCUGAUGAGUAUUUCCAAGGUUUUAAAGCCCUGCAGUACCUUCGCCUGUCCAACAAUCAGCUAUCAGAUGCUGGUGUACCUGGCAAUGCCUUUAACAUAUCAACCCUUGUUGAGCUGGACCUUUCCUUUAAUUCACUUGGGAGCAUUCCAGCUGUCAAUGAAGGCCUAGAAAAUCUCUACCUGCAAGUAAACAAAAUCCAAAAAUUCACCCUGAACAGCUUUUGUAAGGUUAUUGGACCACUGGAAUACUCUAGGAUUAGACAUCUGCGUUUGGAUGGAAACAAUAUUACCAGAUCUGAGCUUCCCCAAGAGAUGUACAGCUGCCUUCGUAUAGCUUCGGAGAUUGAACUAGAAUAAUGAAUUUUCAUAUUUCUAAAAUGUGGUUCCCAACCUGUUAAUCCAGACUUUCUUUCAGGUCAUAGAAUAAGAAAAAAAAAAACAUGUAAAAAAUAUAUAUAAAAAAGAGAAAUAAAUUACAUUUCAAAUAUGCACUCCUGUGUGCCAAUAUAAAUGCAUGCAAAUAUUAUAUUAGGUGUAAUCAAACUUCAAUAUACAAAACCAGAAUAAACAGACUACAUUUCAAGUCAAAAUAAUAAUGAGCUGAAAAAUAAAAAAUAUAAACUGAACAGAAUAAUUUAAUUUACUUAAUUUACUUAUUAUUACUAUUUACUGAACUCUAAUGAGUCUAGCAGGCUAGUAAAACUCAUCCACUGGAUAUAAUGAUAACUUUCUACUGAAGAUUAAGUUCAGUUCAUAGUACAAUGGGCAUGUAAGGAAAAAGCUCUUGAUUUUGAAUUAUGCUAGUUUUCAAAUUAUUGGCAUAACAUUACUUUCUGGAGAAUGGUUUAUUCAGGUAUAGGUCCUUUUGUAAAAGAGUGAAAAGUAUUGAUUAUGAUAAUAUAUUUUAAUUACAGUUUUAGGGGCCGAAUUAUCAACCUCCAAAUGGAGCUUGAUGCCCCUGUUUCCGCAUGGCUGAAAACACCAGUUAUGAAGCAGCGUUCUAAAGACCACUGUUCCGUAACUGAUCCGCUGCCUCUGAGGCUGUGGUCUUCAUUCCGCCCGAUCCUAUAUGAUCGGGCUGAUUGACACACACUGCUAGCGGCCGAUUGGCCGUGAAUCUGCAGGGGGCGGCAUUGCACAAGCAGUUCUGGUGAACUGUUUAUGUAAUGAUAAAUGCCGGCAGUGUAUGCUGUCGGCAUUCAGAGUAUCAUGUUGGACAGACAUUGAUAAAUUGGCCCCUUAGUCUUGAGUUAUUUAGUAAGUGUUAGAUACACAACAAUUGACUGACUUUUCAGCAUAAGCUCAGUCAAUUACAAAAAGCAGUCAGUUAGGUUUAUGAGGUAAUAUGAACCUGUUGUUAAUAGCUUGAUCAAUGUCUAGUUUUAGAUAUUGAACUAUAUAGUGGGUUUUUUUUCAUAGAUGGACGUGAUAGAAGUCUUUAAAGAUUAUGCUGAGAGUUUUAGUAACCUGGCAAACAUAUACUUUAUCAAAUUAAUCAAGCAUGCAAAAGUUAAAUUGGUUUAAAUGUACGCUAACAUACAUUACAUUAAAAUGUAACUAAUCUUAGGUAUAAGUUUGACCAAUCACUUAUUGGAUAAAUUGCUUAUUUUAUAUUCAUCUUAAUAUACAUCAAUUAUUGUGUUUAAAAGAAAUCAGGUCUUCAUUUUAUUUAACAGGAAAUAUGAAAGAUAUUACAGGUUAAUAAUAUUUUUUCUAAUAUUGAAUUCAAAUGGACAAAUAAGCAAGAAUUAAAUAGCCAACCUGAAAGAAAGAGGUCUGGGUACCACUUAUCUUAAAUAAACUUCUUUAUGCUUAAUGGAAAAAUAUCUCAGGAUACAUGGGUGUGCAUACUAACACAUCUCCUUACUAACAAAUAGCAUGAUUUUGGUGUCCACAUUAGUGUCCACAUUAGUUCAGACAGUAUAUUUCUACAAAUGUCUUCUAUGUAUAUUUUUAAAUAAAGGCUAAUAACAUCGGUGAGCAAGAACAAAAUAGCAUUUAUAAUUUAAAUUUAAACUCCCCAGUGUAAUAUUAUUCAUAUUAAAGAGAAUUUUAGAUAUUACAAAAUAUAUUUGUUGAAUAAAAUAUUUGCUCUAAAA